UAUAAAACACCUAAGCUUCACCAAGAUUUGAUAAUCCAUCUCUAGCUACCAAACUAGUUCAACUUCACCUUCCAAUUACCAUUACCCUUACCUUCCCAACAUUACACAGUACCAAGUAAAGAUCUUUGGGAGGCAGAGAAAGAUUUACAGUAAUCAGCAAAAGAAAGAGGAGAUUCCAAAUUUGUAAGUUGAGGUGUUGGCAUCUCCUUUGGGUGUUGUGUACCUCUCCACUCCUUCCUGUUCCACCACUCUCUCUAUUAACAUUACCCCCCGCAUCUUCCACUCCUCUCCACACUCAAUUCCCCCACAAAAAAAAAAUGACUGACAGAGUCUUCCCCGCCUCCAAGCCAGCUACCAACGGCACCGCUGCCCCCGCCGUCAAUGGUGCGACCACCAAUCCAGCACCCACCAAAUCUCAUCUGUAUAAUCCUACUUCCCGCCUCCCCUACCGGCCUCGGCCCCACCACAGCCGUUACCGCCGCGGCGGGAGGAGCCUCUGUUGCUGUUGCUGCUUCUGGGCAAUCCUGAUCGUCCUAAUCCUUGCCCUAAUUGUGUCAGUUUGCGGCAUUGCGCUUUACAUCCUCUACCGCCCUCAACGUCCUGAAUUCUCGGUCCCCUCCCUCCGCAUUCACCGCCUCAACCUCACUACUGCCGCUGACGCCUCUUCUCACCUCUCAACUCUCCUAAACAUGACUAUCUUCACCAAAAACCCCAACUCCCAUAUUACCUUCUUCUACGACCCGUUUGUUCUUACUGCGCUGUCGGACUCCAAUGAUGUCCAGCUGGGAAACGGGUCGGUACCCGGGUUCACUUUACAGAAGAAGAACGAGACAACGUUCAGGGGAAUAUUGAUUUCGGGGUCGAAUGAAUUGGAUGCGGAGUCGGUUACCUCAUUGAAAUCGGAUCUGAAGAAGAAAAAUGGAGUGGAAUUGAUGAUCCAAAUGGAUACUAAAGUGAAAGUGAAGCUGGGUGGGCUUAAGACGAAGAAAAUUGGGAUCCGGGUAAAGUGUGAUCAGAUCAAAGGGGUUGUACCGAAAGGUAAGACACCGUCGGUGGCGGUUACAACCGGGUCCAAGUGUAAGGUUGAUCUGAGAAUCAAGAUCUUGAAAUGGACUUUCUGAUUAAAAAAAUAUAUUUUGUUUUUUGAUUUCCAAUUUUAUGUUCACUUUUUUUUUCUUUUUUGGAUAUGUAAACUUUUGAUAAAAGAAUUAUGGGUUUGAGAAGUUGAGUUGCAAAUUGCAAUUGUGAGUAUCUUCA